UGCUCGUUGUCGACAUUGGAUAUAAAAUGUUGAUGUUCAUGUGCACGGUAGUAAUCGCAUCGAGGACAUCGGUAUAUUCGUGUCUAUCGAUCGAGGUUUCACAAGCAUCUUUGUUCCAGUGAUUCGAUCAACAGCAACUAGUAUUCAGUCUCAAGUACGAAUAGAUUUGUUAGUGAGACAAAAAUAUGGAAGACAGCAAAAGUUAUAACCCAUACGAGAAAAUGCCGCCGGGUGAAGAGAUUGUGAUUUCUGGUAUGGCCGGUCGAUUUCCCGAUACAGACAAUAUAAAGGAGUUGCAAGAAAAUCUUUUGAAUAUGAUGGACCUAGGUUCGGACGACAAUCGACGAUGGGAAAAUGCUAAUUAUGACAUGCCGGAUCGAUCAGGAAAGGUUAAUAAUAUAAACAAGUUCGACGCAGAGUACUUUGGUAUUUCAUCUGUGGAAGCGCAUAUUACUGAUCCUAUGUGCAGGAUGUUGCUCGAGCACACUUAUGAAGCACUUAACGACGCCGGUGUAAAUCCCAAAGAAUUACGAGGAACGAAAACUGGUGUCUUUAUAGGAUCGUGUUAUUCUGCAUCGUCCACCAUAACUCUUCUUACCAUGCCUCAGUCACCUGGAUACUCAGUUAUUGGAUUCGGUAAAUACUGGCUAGCGAACAGCAUUUCUAAUUGGCUCGGUCUUACCGGACCGUCUUAUGUGAUGGAUACGGCCUGCAGUUCAAGCCACUACGCUAUUGCGGAAGCUUUCAGAAUGAUACGAGGUGGAGAGUGCGACGCAGCUAUCGUGGGUGGUGCUAAUCUGUGUCUUCAUCCCAAUAUAACGCUUCAAUUUUUUCAUCUCGGAGUCCUCUCCGCGGAUGGGUACUGCAAGCCCUUCGAUGUGAGCGGUACGGGUUAUAUGCGCAGUGAAACAAUCGCAGUAAUAUAUCUGCAGAAAGCGAAGAACGCGAAACGAAUCUAUGCUACCCUCGUCUACUCUAAAACUAAUUGCGAUGGUUGGAAGCCAGAAGGGAUUACAUAUCCUUCUCUCAGUAUGCAAAAGAAAUUAUUGGAAGACUUUUACAAUGAUUGCGGCAUCACACCCGAAGAGCUGUCCUACAUGGAGGCCCACGCCACUGGUACUUUAGCAGGAGAUCCGCCAGAAGUUGAGGCCAUCGAUCAGGCUUUAUGUUCAAAGAGGACUACUCCCUUAUUGGUGGGUUCGAUAAAAUCAAAUCUCGGGCAUUCUGAACCUGCUAGUGGCCUUUGUCAAGUGGUAAAAGUGUUGAUAGCGAUGGAAACAGGCAUUAUUCCACCAACCAUACACUACAAAACACCGCGAAAGGAACUGACUCCUAUAAUUGAAGGAAGAAUGAAUGUCGUCACUGAACCAACUUCAUGGAACGGUGGUUACAUUGGCAUUAAUAAUUUCGGAUUUGGCGGUGGAAACUGUCACAUACUACUGAAAUCAAAUCCCAAAAAUAAAAUCAAUGUUGGAAUACCAGAUGGCUUACCCAGACUCGUAGCGGUAUCUGGUCGUACUGAGGAGGCUGUUCAGACUCUAUUAGAUGACAUGAAUAGCCGACAGAUAGACGUGGAAUAUGUGGCUCUUCUGCAUAGCAUUCAUGCAGAAAAUAUUGAAGGGCAUCCCUAUAGAGGAUAUACUAUUGCUGGACCUGAAGUUCCUGUUAACAAAAUAAGAAAAGUUGAAAACUGCGCAAACCCAAGGAGACCAAUCUGCUUUGUACUUCCUGGAACAGAAGUUGAGUGGCGUAACAUAGAACUGAUGAAACUACCAGUGUUUGCAAAGGCAAUAAAGAAAUGUAAUGAAACAUUAAAGCAGCGGGAUAUAUGUGUUACGGAUAUUAUAAAAAACAAAAAUAAAACUACCAGCAAUAGCAUCGUAGAAUCAUUUGUAGCAAUCAUUGCCAUACAGAUUGGAAUAGUGGAUAUCUUAACACACAUUGGUAUUCUAUCCGAUUACACGAUAGGUCAGUCUAUUGGCCAACUUAUAUCCGAAUAUGUUGAUGGACGUUUCACUAUCGAGACAACAAUUUUGACGGCGUAUUUCAUAGGCACGGCAUUUGAGCAGGCCAUGUCUCAGGUUGAUGACAUUACUACGAAUCAAGGCAACUAUCUUGAUGUUGUUAGAUCAAAACUCUUGGAACAUCUCUACCGAAUAUUACCAGCGAACUUUCCAAACAGUCGCGGUGUAACACAGUUGGGCAGGUCACGAAGCGAACGCGACAAGUUUGAGACCGCUGCAGAAUAUUAUGUAGACAUUAUACUGAAUCCAGUACCAUUACAAAAAAUUACAGCUUUGUUACCGAAAGAUACGAUACUCGUCGACAUAGUACCACACAAUACUUUUCAGCCACUCAUACCAAACUUGCAGUCAGUGAUAACGUUGAUUUCACUCUAUAAACGCGGUCAAAAGCAUACUAUGCAAAACUUUUUAGAAGGAAUCGGAGAUCUUUAUAAUGUAGGACUUCAGCCACAGAUUGCAAGUUUGUAUCCGCCAGUGCAAUUUCCUGUUAGUCGGGGAACACCAAUGAUAUCUCCUCUCAUUAGAUGGAAUCACUCUGAGGACUAUUACUUGUACCAUUAUGCAGGUGAAAGUAAAAUUUUCAGCAGAGAAAGAAUCGUCACUAUUACAACCGCUGAUGCAGAUUUUGAUUAUAUGUCUGACCAUAUAAUCGAUGGAAGAAAUUUGUUACCAGCUAUGGGUUACCUUUACGAAAUUUGGCAUACUAUUGGUUUGUUGAGCGGCAUUGAUCAUAGAAACAUACCUAUUGUAUUUGAAAAUGUUAAAUUCAUACGCGCUACUCACUUAUCACGACGAGACAAGCUGGACUUAACUAUUAUGAUCCAAGAAGGCGGUAAUAAUUUCGAGAUUAUAGAGGGAGAGAAUGUAAUCGUCAGUGGAGUCGUGAGGGUGCCUGACGAUAUCGUGAAAGAGAAAAUAUCCGUUCAGUUUCUACCGAAAAACGAAGAUGAUGAAGAAUGCAUGAAUGCUGCAGAUAUUUACAAGGAACUACGACUCCGUGGCUACCAGUAUAAUGGUCUAUUUCGUUCAUUAAAAAGCUCCUCAAUUAAUGGAAGUACAGGACAUAUCACGUGGGCAACAAAUUGGGUAGCGUUUAUGGACAAUAUGCUGCAAAUAAAACUCUUAUCGGUUGACUCGAGAAAUCUUUACGUACCGACUCAAAUUCGUAAAUUGGUAAUCGACCCUGCACAUCAUAUGACGCAGUUUCAUAACCUCUCUAUUGAAGAAAGAAAUGUACCCGUACGUGUCUAUGAUUCUUUCGACGCCAUUAUAUCCGGAGGAAUUGAAAUUUGUGGGCUGAAGUCCAUGGUCAUAUCCCGCCGAUCGACGAACGUCGAAUCUGUACACGAAGAAUACAAGUUCAUUGCUCACCGCGAUCAUAACACGAUCUCUUUGAAAGAUGCGGUGCAAAUAUCGAUACACAUCGCGCUUGAAUGUUACAAUUUGAGAAACGUCAAAGUGAUCGAGUUUGUCGAGGACGAUGACAAGAUUCUACUGGAGGAUCUAGUUAUUCCAAUUGUAGACAAAGUUCUGAGCAACUUGCCAUUAGUGCGAUCUAAUCUGACGUUGGCUGCGAUGGAGAACAGAUUCGACUGCUCUUUGUUACCACAAAAUCUAUCGGUCGUACAACCUAACAAACUGUUAAACGACGGUACGUUCCUAAUGGUUGUUGGAGUUGGAGUAUUAACGAAAGGUGCACACACAUUACUAUCUAAUAUAAUGGCUGGUGGCUUUCUGUUUACCCGAGAGGACCUCAAUGUCACAUAUGACAACGAGUUGCUCCAACAGUACAAUUUGAAUAUCAUUUUGGAGAAACGCACGGAACGGGAGUUGGUGUUGCUUCUGAGAAAGGCGCAAAGUGCAAUAAUAAAAAGAGAAAUCGUGCAUAUAAACAAUUACGAGUUUUCGUGGAUCGAAAAGCUCAAAUCUUCAUUGGACACGGACGACGAGACGAACUCACGAGUAACACUUGUUGUGGAAGAUGAUCCUGAGUGCGGUGUCAUAGGAUUUGUAAAUUGUUUGCGAAAGGAGCCAGGCGGCGACACAGUUAGAUGCGUCUUCAUUCAGGAUAAGAACGCGCCCAAGUUCUCCUUGCAAGAGCCUUUUUACAUGAAUCAGUUGCGACUGGACUUACCCAUUAAUGUCUUACGUCCCGGCAAAGUUUGGGGCUCUUACAGACACUUGUCAUUACCGCCGCCGGAACCCAUACCCGUGCAGUGCGGUUACGUUGCUCAAAGGAUCCGAGGUGAUAUGAGCACAAUCCGUUGGGUCGAAGGACGGACAUCUCCCAAACUCAACCGCGAAAAUAUGAUACAUAAAAUUUACGUGGCACUGAAUUUCAAAGAUAUUAUGAUAGCUACUGGUAAACUGGCGUUGGAAUCCUUUCAAAUGAUUGAACGAGAAAUCGAUUCUUUCUUAGGCUUUGAAUUUGUCGGAUAUGAUGGGUUUGGACAAAGAAUAAUGGCGAUAUGCUCCGAUAGAGGAAUAUCAAAUGUUGCAAUCCAGGACCGCGUGAUGUCUUGGGUUAUUCCCGAUGAAUGGACAUUCGAGGAUGCUGCUACAGUUCCGUGUGUUUAUGCUACAAGCUGCUACGCUCUCUACGAGAAAGGAAAAAUGAAGAGAGGAGACAAAGUUCUCAUUCAUUCGGGCACCGGCGGUAUUGGUCAAGCCGCGAUCCACCUCGCGCUGUACGAAAAGUGCGAAGUAUUCACAACAGUCGGAACUUUGAAGAAACGGCAAUUCAUUAGAGAAACUUUUCCUUCGAUCCUUGACGAUCAUAUCGGCAAUUCUCGUGACACAAGUUUCGAACAAAUGAUACUUGAGCAGACACGCGGUCGGGGAGUUGAUAUCGUAUUGAAUUCCUUAGCUGAGGAGAAGCUUCAGGCGUCUAUUCGCUGCUUGGCAAAAGGCGGUCGAUUCUUGGAAAUAGGAAAAUAUGACUUGAUCGCCGAUAAUACUUUAGAUAGAAUGAUUUUUACGAAAGGCAUCAGUUUUCAUGCGAUUAUGUUAGACAAUAUAAUAAGUUCCGUCUCAAAGAAUUACGGAAUUGUAUAUAAUUAUGUGUUACAAUGUCUAAAAAAUGGCUCGAUAAAACCUCUUCCAAGGAAAGUCUUUGAAAAGACCGAAGUAGAAGAUGCCUUCAGGUAUAUGGCAACUGGCAAGCACAUAGGAAAGAUCCUGAUAAAGAUAUGCGAUGAAAACGAGCCAUUGAGUCUUCCUAUUCUCGCUUAUCCCCGAUUUUUCUGCAAGUCUCAUAUGUCUUACAUCAUUUUGGGCGGAUUAGGCGGCUUUGGUCUAGAAUUGGCCGACUGGCUGAUUCUUCGCGGAGCAAAGAAUCUUCUUCUCACUUCGCGGACAGGAUUGCGAAACGGUUACCAGCGCUCGAGGGUGGAAUUAUGGAAGUCCUACGGGGUGAAUGUGCAGAUUAUCGCGAGCGCUGAAGCGUCUGAUCACAAAGACGGCGCGUCCAUCCUGAACACUGCCAUUGAAAUGGGACCGGUGGACGCUAUAUUCAAUCUUGCCGUAGUGCUGAAAGAUUCUCUCUACAAGAAUCAGACAACUGAGUCCUUCGAGGAAUCAUUUAAACCGAAAGCAAUGGCGACGAAAACAAUGGACGAGUUGUCCAGGAAAAUGUGCCCUGACCUCCGGUACUUUGUUGUCUUCUCAUCCGUUUCGUGCGGCCGAGGAAACUCCGGCCAAACUAAUUACGGUAUGGCCAAUUCCAUCAUGGAGAGAAUAUGCGAGAGAAGAGUACAAGACGGAUUACCUGGGAUGGCUAUACAGUGGGGCGCGGUGGGUGAUGUGGGUCUCGUGGCCGAUAUGCAAAAGGACAAUAAGGAACUGAUCAUCGGCGGUACUUUACAACAGAAAAUACAGUCCUGUCUGCAGUCGCUGGACACUUUCAUGGUUCUAAAUAAGCCGAUCGUGGGUAGUAUGGUUGUGGCAGAGAAGCGCGCGACAUUUGGUGGAGUGAUGGACAUUAUGGAAACUGUAGCUAGUAUCAUGGGAAUAAAAGAUGUGAAAGCGGUUGGACUUCGCACCCCCCUGUCAGAGAUGGGUAUGGAUUCAAUGAUGGCGGUAGAGAUCAAGCAAACGUUGGAGAAAGAAUUCGACGUUUAUCUUACCGCGCAGGACAUUAGAACUCUCACUUUAGAGAAACUCCACAAUAUGGCCGAUAAAGACAAGCGUUUUGAGCAGAUUGAGACACUCGAUUCAGAGGGUAUAAAAUUUUUAAUUCGUUUAAUCAAUAAUUUAGACAUAGUUCCAGAUGUUUGCUUGGAGACAACUACGAGAAAUAAAAUGGGCACAAAGCGGAUAUUUCUUCUACCAGGAAUCGAAGGUUGCGGGAGCGUAUUUAAUUUGUUGGCUUCGAAAAUCGAAGGUCCCGUGACAUGUUUGCAGCACGGAGCAAACAAUAUCCCCACGAGUGAAUCUGUAUUGCAGUCGGCUGCCAGUCUGUUACCUCAUAUAAUAUCAAAGAUGGAGGGUUCUGCGGAAUUCAUAAUAGUUGGGUAUUCAUACGGGUCGUUAAUCGCUAUCGAGUUGAUGAGAUUGUUGGAGGCGAGAAAUUUCACAGGACGGUUAAUAUUAAUUGAUGGCACACCGGAUUAUAUGAAAACUCUGAAAGAUCAAUAUUUUCCUUUCACGAAUCUUCAGGAAUUUCAGAAUAAUGUUCUCCUAGGCCUUAUAGAUCUCUUCUACUCUGUCGAUAAUACAUCGGUUCUAUUAGAAUUGUCUAAACACGACACGUGGGAAAAAAAAUGGGAUGCUGUCGUCAAAUGUCUUUCAGACGAUAUUGUGCAAGUAACUUCUCUUGAAAAUUACAAAAUUUAUUGUACAACGAUUUAUAAGCAUCUGAUCGCUAUUCACGAGUAUGAUGCUUCCUCAUUACCGCCACUGAAAUCGCCUAUACUAUUACUAAAACCUACAACGUCCAACCUGCCUUCUGCCGACGAAAAUAGCGACUUGAAAAAGGUGACUGAAGGUAACGUGCAAGUUCGUCGUGUCGAAGGUAAUCAUCUCACGAUGUUGGAAAAUGAUGAACUUGCUGAUAUUAUUAACGAAAUAUUAUCUUGAGAAGUUAAUCUUUAUAAUGUUACAAAAGUUCGUAAUUCUGUAAAUCGAAGGUAUCAAGGUGUGUGGAAAGGGAAGGAGAAUACGCAGAAUAUUUAUUAUAAACAAGGCAAUAAUAAAAUAUUAUGGUAAAAUACUCGAUUAUUUAUUCAUCGUGCAUGAUUAAUAAACAAGUAUAAAUAACUUUCGUCGCCAAUAUGGAGAAACGUUUAUAACUCUAAAAAAGGAUUGCUUACUUUUGUUUGAUAUUUAUUCUAAAUUCACGCAUUGCGGCU